AAAGCACAUGGAUUUGGGAGGGAAAAUCCCAGAAAACCAAAAUCAGUUUGGGGAAAGGGUUUUGCUUUCAGAUUUUGUUCUUGCUUUUUCUCUUCCUAAUUUUUGAAGGGUUUAUUCGUUAAUAACCCUAAUUUAUGAAAUUGGUGAAAGGGCAAUUUUUAUUUUUAUUUUUGCUGAGAUAUGAAAAGGCGACAGUGUGAGAAAGUUGUGAUUCGUAUCCACAAUAUUGGCACACCAUUGAUUUCUGGGUCUUCUGGUUUGCCUUUAGAGUUAUUUCACAUUCAAUCAGAUCGGCCGUACACGAUUGGUCGAAGUAGUAGUGAUGGGUUUUGCGAUUUUGUUAUUGAUCAUAGCUCUAUCAGUAGAAAACACUGUCAGAUUCUAUUUGAUAGCCAAAGUCACAAACUUUAUAUUUUUGACGGCGUGAUUCACUUGCCUUCCGGUAGUUUUAGUCAAGUUUAUGAUGAGUUUAGGAGAAGAUUAGUUGGUGUUGAGGAUUUGGGGAAUUUGAAGUUUAGGGCUUCUUUGAAUGGGGUUUAUGUAAAUCGUGUUAGAGUUAGGAAAUCUAAAGUUCAGGAGGUUUCUAUAGAUGAUGAGGUAUUGUUUUUUUGCGGGAAGGAAGGGUUGUGUUGUAAAGAUGGUCGAGUUGGGUUUGUGGUUCAGGAGAUUGUGUUUGAAGGAAGAGAUGCUUCGAUUGUAUCGGUCUCUUCAGGACAUUCUCGAGGAACCUUUUCAAGUGGGAAGAGAAGCAAAAGGGUUUUUGCUCCGAUGGAAAACGAGAUUAAUUCUCCAGUUUCUGGGUUUUAUCCACCUAAAGCUGUUGGUGUUGUUGAGAGAGUGAAUUCUCUUGUAAGCUAUUGUAGACAUAUAUUGAAGAGUGAUGAUCCUCUAUCUUGCCUUAGGCUAUCUAUUAUAUCACAUUCUGGAAAGGAAUGUCUAUCUUGUUGUACAUCCAAAAUGUUUAGGUCAAAAGUAGGUAUAGUGGCCGAUGAUAGAGGAGUUAAGAGUGCCGAGAUAAAUCAUGAUAUGGGUCAUGGUUUGUCUGGUCUAAGGUUGAGUAUUGAACGGCCAAACUCAAAUUUACAUGUAGAUAGAAGACUAGGUGUCUCUGACUUGAUUAGCGAAAUAGAAAACGAGUUUGCUGCUUGUACUUUUAUCAGUGAUAAGACUAGGACUAUGCUUCCUUUUGAUGGGGAGAAAGUUAAUACUCCCGAUAUUACUUGCAUCAAUAAAGAGAAAAGUUAUCAAAGUUCUCUCCAAGCACCUGGGAAGAACUUUUAUCUAAAUCGUCUACAGUAUAUUGAACAAAGCUCAACUGGUUGUCAACGGGUGGUUUCCUUGCCAGAACUUCUUCACCCUGUGGAAAGCAUUCAACAAAUCUUUCUUGCAACAUUUACAAGUGAUAUUUUAUGGUUUCUUACCUGUUGUGAUACACCUAGACACUUGCCUGUGACUAUCGCAUGUCACAAUGCUGAGAGAUGUUGGAGUUCAAACCCUGAUGCAAGAACUGCUGUGCCUUUGCCAAAUUACCCAAAUGUGACUAUGGUGUAUCCACCAUUUCCUGAGGAAAUUGCAUUUGGGAAGGACCGCACGAACCGUGGCAUUGCUUGUCAUCACCCCAAGCUGUUUAUUUUGCAAAGAAAAGAUAGCAUUCGUGUAAUUAUCACAUCUGCAAACUUAGUAGCAAGACAGUGGAAUGACGUGACCAACACAGUUUGGUGGCAAGACUUUCCACGAAGAGCAGACCCUGAUCUUUUAUCCCUUUUCGGCCAUUGCCAAAGAGAAACCAAUCAUGGUUUAAAGCCAGACUUUUGUGCUCAGCUGGCUGGAUUUGCCGCAUCACUUUUGACUGAUGUUCCAAGUCAGGCCCAUUGGAUUCUUGAGUUCACGAAGUACAACUUUGAACACUCAGCAGGUCACCUUGUUGCUUCAGUGCCUGGAAUCCAUUCUUAUAAGCCGUCUUAUCUCACAGAGUCUGGUUGCUCAAAUACCAUUUUCAGUGAAGAAUUUCUGGGAUCUGUUGAAGCAUCUGUUGUAGGUCUCAGUUACCUUUUCCGCUCUGCCAAUGAUUCCACAGGAGCACAACUGAAACGACUGGCUUCAUAUAUCCGCAGAACCCGGGAAAAUUCUCUCGGAAUGUUAGAACUUGUUUUGAGAAGAAAUACGAAUGUGCCUGCUGACCCGAAUGCUGUGAGAGUCCUUGUUCCUAACCCAGAUGAUGAUUCAAGAGAUGAUUUUGUCCAACUAGGCUUUUUGCCACGGAGUAUUGCAAAAUGGGUGUCUCCUUUAUGGGAUAUUGGAUUCUUUAAAUUUGUGGGAUAUGUGUAUCGGGAUGAAGUCCUUGGAGCUGCUUCUUGUAGGAGCAACGAGAAGGUGCAACUAGUGCUGCAUGUAUUACAGGGAGUGUCCAUUUCAGAUAUGUCAAAGUUGAUUCAACCUUAUCAUGUUGUUGCAUUGUGCUCGUUGAUUGCUUCACUUCAGAGAUGUACUGGCAUUUGGAGGCUACAAGAGGUGUUAGGCCGUUACAAGUGGCCCGAAUCUCAGGAAUCUGAUUUCGUCUACAGUGCAUCCUCGAUUGGAGGCUCAGCAACUACAGGAUUUCAAGCUGAUUUUUCAUCAGCUGCAGGUAAAAAAGCGUUACAGCAUUUUGACUCCCAGGAGUCUGAUCCAGAGGUACCAUUUUUUUUUGAAGCACCCUUAAAAACUGUUACUACAAGUUUUUUGCAUGAAACGUUUGGUCUGUGUUCUUCUUGAUCAGUGGGGAUGCUGGAGUAACAGGGAAGAACGGGAAGCUCCUUCCAUUAAAAUAAUCUUCCCUACCAUAGAAAGAGUCAAGAAUGGCCAUCAUGGUGUCUUGUCUUCAAGACGUUUGCUUUGCUUCUCUGAGGUAUUUGCUUAUUUUACACUUGUAUAAUGCCCAAAGCUUUUGUUCAGAAAGAUAAAGUAAGGAUUGCUUUGGACUGAUUCAAUAAUGUACUGGAAAUUAUGAACCUCAAACUUUGUCUUUUGACUAUCUUGUGCAGAAAACCUGGCAAAAGUGGAGACAUAGCAAUGUGCUUCACGAUGCAGUUCCUAAUCCUCAAGAUAGAGUUGGACACCCAAUGCAUAUCAAGGUAAGAACAAAGGAGAGCUCUGUCUGUGACAAUAAAAGAUUUUUCGAGUUGGCGAAACCCGACUCUUCCACUGUAGUAAAAUGUCUUUAUAAACUAUGAACAGGUGGCUAGGAGACUCUUUACCUCCACGAGAGGUUCACGAUCUUCUUCGUUUGGUUGGGUUUACAGCGGCUCACAUAAUUUCAGUGCAGCUGCCUGGGGACAGACCAUAUCCAGAUCCUCCAGAAACAACCAGGACCAGUCAAACAAUGCCAUCAGAGCAGUUAAAAAACUUCGUGUAUGUAACUAUGAGCUCGGGAUUGUGUUCGUUUUCCCUCCACCUCAUGAAGAAACCGACUCAUGCGAAGGGUCUAAAAUUGAUGAUAUUGUCUUGCCUUUUGUUGUACCGGCUCCAAAAUAUGGAUGGAGUGAUAAACCGGCUACAGGUUUGGCUAUGAGGGAAGCUUUUGCUGAGUUUAGGGAAGGCUCUACAAGUUUCUGUGGAGAAUCAGAAGUUGAGGAAGAAGUAGAAGAAGAAGAGGAAGAAGAAGCUGAUGCUGAAGGAAGAGGAGAGUUUGUUGCAGAAGAGGAGAAGCAAGAGGAAGAGGCUUAUGCUGAGGCCUUGUGGAGCCAGGUUGAGUCAUCCUCAUCCUCCCUCAGCUCCUGAAACUAUGUCGUUUCGGAAAAUACCCUUGUAUAUGUAACUACUGUUGUUUGCAACAAACAUAAAAUUUUGAAAAGUAUAAUAAGAAAUGAAAUAAUUCAUUUCAUACUCUAAUAAAAAAAAACGAAUAAUGUAAUACAUUGAAGGAGGACUUAAUAAUUAGAAAAAGGUUAUAUAAUUAGAUACAUUCUUUUUUUAAAAAGGUUAUAUAAUUAGAUAUAUUCGAG